GCCCAAGAGCCAAGCAAAUCAAGCAAACCACCAACCCACUCAGCUCAGCUCCAGAUCCACGCGCGGCAAUGGCGCACCAGAUCGCGCUGGUCGUGCUCCUCCUCGUCUCGCCGGCGGCAAUGCGCGCGGCCGCGGCGGCCGGGGCGUGCGCCGGCGAGAAGUUCCCGGCGGGGAGGGCGUACGCGACGUGCGAGGACCUGCCGUCGCUGGGCGCGUCGCUGCACUGGACCUACGACGCGGCCAAGUCGUCGCUGUCGGUGGCGUUCGUGGCGGCGCCGGCGGGCAGCGGCGGGUGGGUGGCGUGGGGGCUCAACCCCACCGGCGAGGGGAUGGCCGGGACGCAGGCGCUCGUGGCGCUCAAGGGCGGCUCCUCGUCGUCGGCGCCCGCCGUGAAGACGUACAACAUCACCGGCUACGUGCCGCUCGGCGGCACCUCGACGCCCAUCGCGUUCCCGGCUACCGACCUCGCCGCCGACGAGGGCAGCGGCGGCAAGAUCCGGCUCUACGGCAAGCUGCAGCUCCACAAGGGGAUGAAGUCGGUGAACCAGGUGUGGCAGGUCGGCUCCUCCGUCACCGGCGGCGCUCCCGACAAGCACGCCUUCGGCGCCGCUAACCUCGCCUCCAAGACCAAGCUCGUCCUCGGCAGCAAGGCGACGGCAGCCACCGCCCCGGCGUCCGAGCCGUCGCCGGCGCCCAUCGCCGGUGGCCCCUCCCCCUCAGCCGGCGCCGGCAGCGACAGCGGCGCGUCCUCUUCCGUCGCGCCGUCCGCCAGCAAGAACGCCGCCGCCGCCGCCGGCGUCUCGGCGCCGGCGCUCGCCGUGCUGGCCUUGGUGGGUUUCUUGGCGAUCGUAUGAUAGGUUGAUAGCUUUUACUACGAUUAGUGGUGUUCAUUGGUGUCUGCAUGAGGAAUCAUUUCUUGAACAAUUAUUUCCCUACUAUUUUUUUUUGCUUUGUUUUCCAAUUUUUUCUUCUUUCUUUCUCUCCUUUUAUUAGUUUUUCUUUGAUUUCCACUUGCAAUAAAAAUUGGUUGGGUGCACCUGUUGUUAAUUACUAGAUAAGUACAGCGAUUAUUACUAUAUUUAGUUCA